CGUGGUGAGGAAACAGAUCAAGAUGAAAAAGGAUCUGAUUAUGGGGAUUACGUUCCUUCGAAACAGCAGCAACAAACAACCGAUGAAGAUUUAGGUCUAGUCAGGAAAAAGAAACCACAUGGUGGUUGUGGUCAUAAACAGCCUACAAUUCGUAAAGAAGGAUUAAAAUUAUAUGUAAAUUAUAAAAGUAGCAAGGAUAGUGACGAACAAUCUCAAGAUACACGGAAGCCGCUUACUCCGGCUGAUGUACAUCAAAUUUUAAAAAAGAUUUCUCCUCAAGAUCUUAAAGAUAUGGCUGAUAUAUUGAAAGCUAAUCAGAAUGUUAAACGUUAUGAAACUGAGGGACAUCCUGCUCAUGUUGUCAACGAAUUUGAAGCAUUGCUACAGUUUCACUGUGCCACCUAUAUGGACAAUGAAAUGGCUG